CUUAUGGCGUCCAUUGAAAUAAACGUGUAAGAAGUGGAUUAUGAUAUAUAUGGUAAAUGCAGUGAUUUGAGAGUAAAUAAUAAACACAUUAUAAAUAGGCCUUUCUAAGGUAGAAAAAUCUUAAUCAAAUUUCAGAAAAAUAAAUAAAGGCUGUAGCAUAAUUAGCAAAUACACUAAUUUAAAUUUUAAAGGAGUCAGGAGCUUAAAAUCUACUAACUUAACCAGAGUAUCAUGAUAUUUUAUACAUUGCGAAGAAUAAUUUAUAAUCUAACCUAAAAGUGAUAUAAAAGGAAAAAUAAUAAUUUGAAGCAAUGAAUUUUGAUUUACAAAAUACAAUUAAAUAAUAAUCUAAAAUUAUAGAAUAAUUAAAUGAUCAAAUUCAAGCAGAACAAACUUAAAAUAACAGAUUAUAUUAAGAAGUAAACUCUUUGUUUAUUUUAGAAUAAAGCUAAUAAAGAUUUUAUAGAAUAAAUAUAAGAGGAUUAAGAGCAAAGUAGUAUUUAAUUAUAGGAAGAAUAUAAUAAUUUAAUUUGCCAUAAUAAAGAAUUACAAAAUGAAGUCAAUAAAUUAAAUUGUAAUCUAAAUUAAUAGGAAUAAAAAAUUAAAAACCAAGAAGGAGAAAUAAAACAGCUGGAAUUAAAAUUAAAUUAAUAUAAAAAUGAUAAUAAUUAAGACCAAAAACAUGAGCUCUUUGAAUAAAAUCAUGAUAUUUUUUUAGAGAAUGAAAAAUUAAAAAUUGAAAUUAAUGAGCUUAAAUCCCAAUAAAAUCCCUAACAAAAAUCAGAUAAUGAAGAGGACAGUCAAUAAUCAGAAAAUACAGAAGAAUUAAAUCCAUAAUUUAUUUAGAAUUUAUAAGAGAUUAAGAGUAAUAUUCAAAAGGAUUUUAAUUAUUUAUUCUGGUUGAUCAUUUUGCUUUCUUUUAGUUAUGGAGUUUCUUUAAUUUUAAAAUUAAAUGAGUGA